UGGGCCAUGUGGCGUAAGGCCGGAGUACCGUAAGCGCGACCGGUGAAUGUGUGUCAACGAAACAGUUGUGAAUGCUGUGGGUUUUGUAAGAGUAGGUAACCUAUUUUAUUUUCGCGACCAACGAGAAGAGAAGAAAUGGCGAAGAAGAGUGUGUUUUUAACAUAUCUAUUAUGGUUAGUUGGUGGUGUCUUUGGUUUGCAUCACUUGUACUUAGGAAGAGAUUUACAGGCUUUUCUGUGGUGUUGUACCCUCGGUGGAUAUGUUGGAUGUGGUUGGCUGCGAGAUAUAUUUUUUAUCCCGGAAUAUGUGGCAGAUGCAAAUGAAGAUGAGAAGUUUAUGGAAAAGUACGUCGAAAAAAUCAGGAAACAUAAUACACCUCCAUUCUCACUGACGAGGUACACAGGAAUGAUAAUUGUGGCCUACGUAUUUACCUCUGUUUUGAUGUUAGCCAUACCAGCAGAAGAAGUUGGUGGUAUUGACUGGAACUGGUUGGUUGUCUUCGUGCCUCUUGCAUGUGCCUUAGGUGUUUGGGCUGUGGGUAAUAUUGGGCGACAGAAAGGAACAAUAUGGUGGGCACUAGCCGCAGCCUUUGCAGUAUAUCCUUUCCGAACAUACUUUCCAGAUGAUUCCACAUGGCUUACUACAAUGACUUUUUUAUCAGCAUCAGCAUUUGAUAAUAAAUCCAAACAAUGGAGGAGGACACACAAGAGGAGGUCUCUUUGCAGCCGGCUGACAGUGUUCACAUUGUGUUUAUCACUGUAUAUGUCAUUGUGGUGUAGCUACAUAUACUUCAAUGCUAAACUCACAGACAGUAAUGGUGAAGAAGUUAGAGUGCAUGAAGCUUUGCAUCAUCUUUUUACAUCUCCACUAUGGACCGACCUAAAACAGUCAUUAAAAGACACAUACAACUUUGCUCAGCAUCAUGGAUGGUAUGAGACAUGGAAAUUGGUUGUUGACUUGUCAGAUCCUCAUGGGGAGCAAAAUGCCUACAAGGUUUUGGAAGUAUCAAGCAGUGCGACACAGGCUGAGAUAACAUCCAGUUGGAGAGCUUUGUCAAGAAAAUACCACCCAGAUAAAGUGAAAGAUCCAGACAAACGACGAGAGGCACAGGAAAAAUUCAUGGAAAUUCAGCAGGCAUAUGAAAUUGUCUCCAGCAUUAGGGCAAAGAGAAGUAGCAGAAACAAAAGAUACAAUCCUUAAUGUUGGAGAACAUGGAUCCCUGUGAGGACUUUCGUUUGUGUGUGUGUGUGUGUUUGUGUGUGUGUGUGCGCGCGCUGUUGUGUUGUGUAGAGUUUUUCGUGGUUUAUUUAUUUUAUAGUGUUUACUAAUGUUUUUACCAAAGCAAUAUAUCUGAGUUCUGUGAUGGGAAAUCAAUUUUAAAAAUAGAUUUAAGUGUCUUUUUGACCCGGUAUUGUUAAUGAUAAGUGUAACUACGAGUUCACCUAGCGUUUUGUGAGAAGAGUUCAGGCUGUAAGGAAUAUUUCUACGUUUUGUGAUCUGUUGAGACAGUGAGUGUCAUGUGAUUAUAAACAUGUGACACACAAAGGAAGUAAUUCAGACAGUGUUUCUUAUUUUUAUAACUGAAAGGUUCUUGAAACCUUUUUUAUAUUGGGCUAUUGUUGAUGUAAAUAAUGGAACAAAGAUAUUUUAUUGAGGUAAAUAAGCGUGUGGAUCAUAAAGCUGCUUCAUUUCUGGUGUAAUCUAUGGCUUUGACUAUAUUGCACACAUAGAAGUUGUAACACCUCCGUUUAUUUCGACCCGACCUGAUCUGAUAGCAGCCCAAUAAUUAUUAUUAAUGUGACCGUGUACCUAACGGGGCUGGCAAUCGGAAUUGACUGCUACGGAGUUGUUACUUUCCAGUUUGUCCUUCUCAAAUGCUGUAAUAAUGAAAUGUCUGGUAACAAGAAGAACACCAACACAGUUUCACUAAUCAAGGACCUAUAUUCGUCUCAAAAAAACACAAAAAGGAGGAGACAGCCACUGCCUUCGUCUUACAUAUCUAAUUGCGGCUAAUCUCAGCACAGGCUUCUUCGUUAUUCGUUAUCGUCACACGCUAAUACAAUCACUGCAAUCCAAGAUGAUGCCGGCGCGGUAGACGCGAAACCAAAAUAUCGGCACAGAAAUAUCACUGAUCGCUCUGGUAAUUAUACUUCUUCACUUUCCCGGUAUUAUUCUAGCACAAAGGGGUUAAACCGCGGCGAUGGCCACUCCCUUUUGUCGGUAAAGCCUUGCAUUACAACAACCGGCCUCCACACAGUUCGGCCCGCAACGUGGGACUCUCUCAACUCACACUCGCUCUCGCAACACGACACAAUCGAUUGUUUGCCCUAUCGACCUGUGCCGAGUGCAAACUUAUAGUAAGGGCCUACGGACCCCUUACAAAGUUACGCUGUUAUUGUUGGUUGAACUCCUUAGAUUGUAUAGUUUUCUUCCUUUUCCAGUGUCUCAGUUAUUCAGGUGAUUAUCUACAGAGAGAUUAAUUGAAAAUUUCAUUUUAUCUGCAAUUCUGCUGACAGCAGCAAAUGGGUGAACCUCAUACUUUCAGGAUUAAAGGUGCCUUUUCAAAAUAUCAAGAAAUAAAGUGAAAUUGACAGCUUUCUAUGAAGCCAUGUCCAAGUCCAUCUGCAUAAUAAUGAAACGGAUGUGAGAGGUCAUCGCAACGUAAUAUGAUAUAUGAACAAAAGGAGAUGAAUACCUGUAGAAAUUGUGAAGUACUUACUUUAGUGGUUGGUGCAGCUACUUCCACUUUAUUUUUCAAAUAAUAAUUACUGUUUAAUGAUUGUGAGCUUUGCCUAAAUUAGUUGUAGAAAGGUGUGUUAUUUAGUAUCACAUUUGUAUGCGUCACUAAAAUUUAGUGAAACACAGGUGUCUGUAAGUAGCUCUGUUCUGUUGACUUCUACACUCCGACAAAAGAAAUAGUCCUGUGAUGGGAAAAGCCACUUACAACACUCUUAUACGGAAAAUUGUGCUUAUAGUUUACACAUCAUAAAUGUGCCUACAUUCCACGACUGUCGAAUAAUGUAACCCUUUUUACAGAACUUGACCAUGAUGUAUGACUAAUGGAUAUGGAAGUCAGACUAUUAGUUCCUUUUCCUAAGAGUUUCCUAGGUGUUAGAAAAAAACACUUUAAAAAUGGAAUAAUACUGAAUCUAGAACCUAUCUGUAGCAAGUUCAUUAAGUGGUUUGUCUAAUGGAUUUACAGUAGCCAGCCUAUCUCAGAAAAGAAAUGGUUAAGUUUAGGAAAAGCAGAAGAAGUAAAUUUGGCCUAACUUAACUUCACAAAUAAAUAUAAUUUUUCUGGAUAUGGUUUUGAGAAAGACACAGGAAUCUCUUAGCUACUACACCCACAUACAUAUAUAGUUUUCAUCUUAGAAAGGCCACAAAUUUUCAAUUGUCACUACGUGCUAAAAAAGAACUGGCCAGUGGAUACUUCUGUGUUUGCGUUUUGUGUAACAAAAAAAUUAAAAACCUAACUAUUCUAAUAGCACAAUACACACAUUUAAAUUUGUUAAGACAUGUGGUUCAUAUCUUUAUCCUAGCAUAUUAUCUGUCAAUAGAAAAAGGUAGGGUGUGAUCACUCUAUAUGGUCAUUCAGUAUUUUCAUGCAAUGGUACUCAAUUUUCUUUUUAUAACUCUUUGUACCUUACUGAAUUUCAGUUAUAACUGAAAGAAAUUUAUCUUUACUUCACUGAAAGCUUAAUCUUGCAAAACUUCAGUAUUUAUGCUUGACAAGUUAAUCUUUUUAGCAAAACUUAUUUAAUCACUUUCACUUUACUUACUACCACAAAGAGAGUAAAAAUAUUAAAAUCGUUAAAUUCGUGUGAAAACAUUUACUUAAGUGCUUCAGCAAAAUUUCACCUCAGUAUUUCUACUACUUAAAUCAUACAGUACUGUUAUGUGUGCCGUAAAAAUUAGUUCACAACAAUUAGUUACAGACAUUUAUUCAGAUAUGAAAAUUAGUGCUUGCAGAUACUGAAUGAAGUACUUCAAAUGUUUUUAUAACAGAUUUACUCGGAAUAAUCGAACACCAGGAAAGGACCCUAUAUAGGUCAGUAAUUAAGAAUAAAAUAACAGGAUGAACAAAAUUUUGUGAUCAACACAAUAAUUAUUUAAAAAAAUUAAUUUUGAGUUAAUGGUUCACACUUCUAUAAUUCUAAUUAUACAUUUCUUAACCUGUUGGGCAUGGCAGAUAGUAAUGGUGGAUACUACCCAUGGUAUGGCAUACACGUUUCUUGAAGUUCUUCUUGGCAUCUUUUAAAGUCCAUAACUUAGCCUAAAACCUACAUCAAAGCUUUAAUAAUUCAGCAGUUGUGAUCAGGGACAGUUGUGCAACAAUUUCCAGGCAAGGCAUCGCCUGCUUAGCCCUCUUACACUUCAGCCUACAAACUGUGCCCUCUCAUUCCUGCUUUUUGUGUAGGUAGUGCUUCAAAAGCCCAAGCCACCUUUUACACUUCUCACAGUGACUUCCAGGCAGUACAAGAGCUCAACAUCUUUUACAUACCACAUAUCCUACACAUUGUCCCUAAGCGUGUACCAUUUUAUACAAAUGACAACUUGCACAAAUACAUGAAAUUACAUACACAAACAUUUUCAGUUCAUUAAUUCAUGACAAAAUAUUAUUUAGUAACUGACAAAAUAUUAUUUAGUAACUUACACAUUUCACGUAUUUCUUUACAUAAGUUACAAACACACUUUAACAAAGCACUCUAACAUCACAUAUAUCACAUCUUCCAUAUAGUCUUUGCAUAUCACAAUUAUAUUAUGCCAAACUCUGAAAACAAAAAUUUUUUUAUGAAUUAGGUGACUGAUAGCACAAUAAUGUUACGAACUGUUUGUAUGUUAUUGUAUUACUCCGUCCUUCUCGUCAUGUUUGAACAUAGUAUAUCUAAGUUUUCAUGUGCAAUACAAAAAUAUCUCUUGCUCAGUAAUGAAUGGAAGCUUAAAAUACUGUCUAAAACAUGUUCCUGAUCCAUAGGAUUAGUGUUAGAACUUUGUUAAAAAUAUCAAGUGUUACAUGUUUGCUUUUUAAAUGAAAGUACCAGUUCAUUCUGAGUACAGUAAUUAAACAUUCCUACAUUCGCUAAUGAUAUUCUAAAUUAGUCUCUAGCACUUGUUUUGUAAGUUGCACAGCACUUCAAUAUGUUCAUUGGCUCAAAGAUUUUUAUACACAAAAUAAUUUCUUAUAUGUAUACU